AUGUUUAGAAGCAGUUCCAGAUGGAAUCUUUCAGGGAUGACCGCUCUCGUCACCGGAGGCACUCGUGGAAUUGGGCACGCUGUUGUGGAGGAACUAGCGGAGCUGGGUGCAACAGUCUACACAUGUUCACGUAAUGAAGAAGCGCUUAACAAAUGCUUGCAAGAGUGGUCUGUGAAAGGCCUUAAAGUGAAUGGUUGUGUAUGUGAUGUAUCUUCAACGCCUCAAAGAGUGAAGCUCAUCGAAAAUGUCUCCUCAGCUUUCCAUGGAAAGUUGAACAUUCUUAUAAACAAUGCGGGGACAAACAUUAGGAAGCCCACCAUCAAUUACACUGCUGAGGAAUAUGCACAUUUAUUUGGUACAAACUUUGAAUCUGGAUACCAUAUUUGUCAACUUGCUCAUCCUCUUCUGAAAGCAUCUGAAGUUGGAUCUAUUGUCUUCAUCUCUUCUGUUGCUGGUUUGGUUCACUUGUCUACUAGUUCUAUUUAUGCAGCAACAAAAGGGGCGAUGAAUCAGCUUACCCGGGAUUUGGCUUGUGAGUGGGCAAAAGACAACAUUCGUGUUAAUGGUGUUGCCCCGUGGUAUAUAAAGACAUCUUCUGUGGAAUAUGUGAUAAAAAAUAAAACAUUAUUGGAUGGAAUAAUAAGUAGAACUCCGCUAAUGCGCCCUGGAGAAGCACAAGAAGUGUCAUCCCUGGUUGCUUACCUCUGUCUUCCUGGGGCAUCAUACAUCACUGGGCAAGUUAUAGCAGUUGAUGGAGGAUUCACCGUCAAUGGGUUCGAUUUCACAAGCUAUUGA